CCGAAGUGCGGACCCGAAGUGGAGGCCCGAUGGCCGAGCCUGUGUUGUUGUCAGUUCAGUACAAUAAUCGUUAGUUGUUCCGUCACAGCUGCUGCGAAGAGAGCUGUGCGGAACCAAUGCGCGUUGUGUGAUCCUCCGAGUUGCCGUUAGUGCGAGAAUAUGCGAAAAUGGAUAACCUGGACCUAGAAGAUCCGAGCGAUCUGAACGUCGUGUUCAACUCCGCACGAGACGGCAACCUGCGACGCUUGAAGGGAUACAUCGGCGACUGUGAGCAAGAUGAAAUCCCCAUGCUGGUGUCGGCCAGAAACAAUGGUGCCACUCCUCUCCUCAUGGCAUGCAGGAAUGGGCAUUUUGAUGUGGCCGAAUACCUCAUCGAGCAUUGUCACGCGGACAUCGAGCAGCGAGGAUCAGUGGUGUUUGACGGGGAGACCAUAGAAGGUGCCCCACCCCUGUGGUGCGCGGCGGCGGCUGGCCACUUUCGGCUAGUGAUGCUGCUGCUGAACCACGGGGCGCGAGUCAACAGCACAACGCGCAGCAACUCAACGCCCCUCAGGGCCGCGUGUUACGACGGACACUAUUCCAUUGUGCACACACUUAUCGAACAUGGAGCAGAUUUUGAGAUUGCAAAUCGACAUGGUCACACAUGCUUGAUGAUCGCAUGUUACAAGGGCCACAAGGCAAUUGCCAACUUUUUGGUUUCCCUUGGAGCUGAUGUGAACAGACGGAGUGUUAAAGGGAAUACAGCUUUGCACGAUUGUGCUGAAUCCGGAUCAUUGGAUAUCUUAAUACUACUUUUGAGUCAUAAUGCAAAAAUGGAUGUUGAUUCAUAUGGUAUGACUCCUUUGUUAACUGCAAGUGUAACAGGGCAUGCACAUGUAGUUCAGUACCUGAUAGAACAAGAAAAUCUAGUAUCACAGAAAGAGAAGGUAGAUGCCCUGGAACUACUUGGAGCCACAUAUGUUGAUAAAAAACGAGACAUGGUGGGAGCAUUAAACUACUGGAAAUCAGCAAUGAAUGAAAGGUACAAUGGUAGGAAUGAGCUUCCCAAGCCUUUCCAAAAGUCAACUGUUGAAGCCUAUGACCAUGUGAAGGAAAUAAGAGAACCUCACCAAUUAGAUGACUUACUCUCUGACCCAGAUGAAAUGAGGAUGCAAGCUCUUGUAAUACGAGAGCGCAUCCUUGGUCCAGCACAUCCUGACACAUCUUAUUAUGUGCGGUUUCGAGGUGCAUUUUAUGCUGAUACAGGCCAAUUUGGCAGAUGUGUGUCAUUAUGGGGCUAUGCAUUAGACAUGCAGCAAAGGAUGCUGGAGCCUCUUAAUCCAAUGACCCAGAGCUCUUUCUUUUCAUUCACGGAACUAUUCUCAUAUAUGAUGGGGGAGGAAGGGAGAAUACCAGCAAGAGGCAGAAGAGUUCCUCCAGUUUCCUUUAAUGAUCUUAUAACUGUCUUUGACAAGGCUGUAAAGGAAGUAGAGAUGGGUAAUGCUUUAGUGGAAAAACUGCCUGCUGCAGAAAGAGACUUAACUUAUUUACACAGAGUCAUAGUGAUCUGUUUACACCUUGCCUGCUUAUUGACAAGAUUAUUACCGACAUUAAGUGAAGCUGAAUCCUUUCAUUUGCAUAAAUCAACUUAUAGGCUAGUUCACUUAGGAGUGCGUGGGCGGCGCGGGCGCUCUGUUCUGCACCUAGUCUGUUCUCGGGACUCAGCACUUGUUGGGCGGUAUCCAGCUUGCCAAUUUCCAAGUCCUGCUUUGGCAGAUCUUUUAUUAACUGUUGGUGCUGAUGUUAAUGCUAAGGAUGAAGAUGGCAACACACCCUUGCAUGCUUCAGGGUCAUUCCAUGAUUUUUCUCAACACCUUCCUCGAAUACUUUUGGCGCAUGGCGCUCAUCUUGAUUAUGUUAAUAAUUAUGGUAAUACUCUUGAAGACUUAUUAGCGAAAAGAGGGCAGCCCCUCAAUAGAAUAGUUAAUCCUAUGCAAUACACCCGUCUGACUUGCUUAGCGGCUCGUGUGAUUCAGAAGCACAAAUUGCAGUAUGUAGGUAUUGUACCUAAAUCUUUAGAAUCGUUUGUACAGAACCAUUGACACACAACACCUUCAACCAACUCUUUACUCGUUUAUAUUUGUAUCAGAAGAUUUUGAAGCCACCAAGAUACCGUACACAUGUGAAAAGUAUGUCUGUGUGGUGAUUUGUUUAUUGUUCUCACGUGAUUCACAUAUCAGAUAUAUUAGUCCGCAUUUAGUAGACCAGCUUAAUUGUUAAACAUGAAUUAUCUUUAUGUCAGGGUAGCGAGUAGGUUUAAAUCCCCGUGCUCAGAGAGGAACUCGCGUCGCUACCCUGACACUUCACAUAUUUUUCACUUUUUUCACCGUUGUCCUUAGUUUUUUGAUAGGAGCUGAUAAGAUGUGGGAGAGAGCACCUUUGCUGAUUCUGAGUUGUACUCCAGCAACACUUUUCCGAGUGUUAAGUUACUGGCUGUUGCAGUUAGCCAAGUUGUUCCCUUUUCUUCCACUUUUCUGUCUUAUCAUGCACAGCUUUGAAAGGAGUAAGAUAUGUCAAGUUAUUUUCUCUCUCUUCAAAUUUUAUUUCAACGUUUUGCAUUGUAAUUGUUAAUUUGGUUGGAUUGUUACUAAAUUAUUUUUUUAGUCUUAUCAAGGAGCUAAUUUUGAUAUUACCUUAUAAAGCUGUCACUAUUUGAGGGCAAUAAUCUUGGAUAUAAAUUGUAAUGUGUCAGAGAAGGGUUGACUAAAACGAUAGUGUGGUAAGUCAUUGCUAUGUCUUGGUAGUGCUGAAUUUGGAACAAGCAAAACAUGUUGAAGCUCUUUCUAAGGAAACCAUAUGAUUAAAAAGUGUCUCUCACUACUUUUUCUUUGUUUCAUCUUUCAAGCAUUUCUACUUUAAGUUGGCUUCACUAUGUUUAUGUUUGGCUUUUGAGCUACCUAAACCUGUAGAUCGCAGAUUGGUUUAGUGCUUUGGAUUGAGACUUAGAAGAGCGCUGCCAUUGCUUCUUGUUCUGAAUUCUACAUUAUGGCUACCAGUACAAAGACACCAAUACUAUACCACCCGCCAGUGAUUUAUGUGAUAUUUGUGACCCCGACAUGUGAUGUUAAUAGUCGUUUUGUUUCGAAUGUGCAGUAUUUUUAAUUAAAUCUUAUAUUUACAUUGGAAUUGUAUACUUUGCUAAGGUUCAAAUGUUCUCUUAAAUUAAUUUUGAUUUAGUUCAUCCUUUUCUCUUCUUUUCUAAUUUUAAGCUGAAUGUAACAAUUCCAAUCAACACUAAAAGGCCCACUAGAAGGUCCAAAUGUAUCAAAAUAAUUCAUUCGCUCAUUCAAAAUGUUACAUUUGAGUCUUCUAGUGUUAAGAAUUUUUAGUCUCUGAGCUGAUGCUAUUCAAAUGCCAUACAUUUCUUUUCUUAUUGUUUAUUUUGGAACUAAUGAGGCUGUUUGUCUAUGUGCUGUGAGUAUUCAUUUGUCUUGUAAACUUAUUCCUUACCUCUAUACCUCUGGUAGAGUAUACAUCAAGUACUGAAAACACCUGCUUUCUAAUUGCAUACAGGAUGUACAUUUUUAAAAAAUUGUAUUUCAUACUAUAUUUUAAGAAUGCCAUAUCUUGACACUUUGGCAGCAUGCUCUGUGCAGCAUUCUGAAGUAGGAAUUUAAGUUCUGUUAGUGUGUCAAUUUUCCAAGGAAGACCACUCUGCCCCACCAUGACACCUAUCAGCAUGAUGGUAGUUCUGUGUACGUAUUGUGGGAGAAAAAUUACUGGUUCAUCAUUUCUAUGUUCUUGGUCAUGAGCCCCUAAUCAUAUUAUCAAACUCAAUUAUUUAUUUGUCAUCUAGGUUUCCAUGUUAAGCUCUGUUUUAGAAGUCAUUUACUUUAUGAGAACUUUGUCAUUUAUUUUCUAAUAGAAUUCAAAAAAUAACACAAAUUUUUAUUUUUUGAAACGCAUCUAAGUAUUUAUGUCAUUGCGCACAUAACAGUCUGUAGGAACUUGAGCAUUGAAAAUAUGCUCUUAAAUAAGAUUUUGGAGAAAAGAGA